ACAGAAAGCAAGAUGAUUAUUAAAGAAAAUGUCUCUGAAUAUCAGCCAAAAUUGAUAAAGAAAAUAAUGCUCACUUUGUGCUGGAUACUAACACUAUUUGUCAGUGGGGUAGAAGUUACAGAGAUUAACUUGCCAGGAUGUUCCCAUGUUGAACCUCACAUAUGGUAUCGUGCAAUUAAUGGUGAGGAGUUUGUUCUACAAUGUGCUUUACCAGAUAGAGAUGCCACCAACAUUUAUAACAACUCACCUCUAAAUCAACAUAGGGUGAAAUGGUUCUGGCAUCAGAAAGAUAAAGAGACACUGAAGUCUAUCGAGGAAAGCUCAAAUCUGACUUUCCAAGGGGAUGCACUUUGGUUUAAACCGAUAAGGGACAGCGCUUCUGGAGUGUACAUCUGCAGGAUAUGGGGAAAAAUCCCAUGCCUCAAAAUUGUUUUGGAUGUUCAAACAAAGAAGGCAGCAAAAUGUUCAGGUUAUGACACAAAUAUUCUAUAUCUGCUUGCUGGCCGUGGGAAUUCAAUAACCUGUCCUGGGACAAAAUGUUACAGCCACAUAAAAAAGCCAGAUGUGAAAUGGUACAAGGAUGGCCACCAGAUAAAAUACAGGAAAAGUAGACCAAGCCUAAAGCUUAAGCAGAAUGAAAUCUACUUGAAUCCAACCUAUGACAAAGAUGCUGGAAUUUAUGUGUGUGAUUAUACUCUAUCUGACAACAUUACCGAGUGGACAGUGAGAACAGCAGUAACAGUAGAAGUCAUUGCAAAAAACACUAUUCAUCCACCAAGCCUUUUGUAUCCUAAUGGUGUUGUGAUCCUUGAAGCAGAAGUUGGCAAGCCACUUGAAUUGGAAUGUCGUGUACAGUUUGGGUUUGAAACAGUUUCUCCAAUGAGGGUAACAUGGAAACGAAACAACGAAGAGAUUGUAAAUGAGAAAUUGAAUCAGGAAACAACUGUCUAUCCAAAGGGUUUGAAGGGGCACACACUUCUUCACGUUGCAACUUUGAAGGAAGUUACUGAAAAGGACCUCAGAAGCAGCUUCACAUGCUUUGCUGAGAAUUCAGUGGGGAAUGCCACUGCUGUGAUCCAGCUGAAAAGAAAGAAGAGAGUGUUGUUCUUAUAUGUACUAUGCAGUGCCAUUUCUACUAUAUUUGCAUUUGUUUUGUGCACUGCCUUUAUUUACCAGCACUGGAUUGAAAUAGUGCUGACGUAUCGAAGUUGUCUGGUCCACAACAAAAGCACAGAAGAUGGCAAGGAAUUUGACGCGUUCGUAUCCUAUGCAAAACUAAACCCUUCUGAAAGUGACUCUGCUUUAAUUAGCGAGGAAAAAUUUGCCCUGGAGCUUCUUCCAGAUAUGCUAGAAAAUAAAUAUGGAUACAAGUUAUGUAUUCUUGAAAGAGAUAUUCUUCCGGGAGGAGCAUACACAGAUGAAGUUGUAACAGCUAUUAAACACAGCAGACGGGUAAUAAUCAUUUUGAGCCCAGCCUAUGUCAGUGGACCAAGCAUCUUUGAACUGCAGGCAGCGGUGAACUGUGCAUUGGAAGAUAAAGGGAUCAAACUGGUAUUAAUAAAGUUCCAGGAUUUCCAGGAGCCAGAGACUUUGCCUCCAGUAGUGAAGAAAGCACUUCGGAUUUUACCAAUUGUUACCUGGAAGUCUUCCAUUUCUGCUGCUCCACACAAGAAGUUCUGGAAAUACAUGCGUUACCACAUGCCAAUGAAAACUACUAAGAGGCUGGAAAAUUUCAGCCUCAAGGGCUUCUCCCAGAGGUUAUUCAGACUGGUAUAGAUAGGAGA